AUGAGAGCUAAAGCUACAGACAUGCACAGUAAGGACUGUGUCAAAGUGGCCAUCAGAGUGCGACCAUUCAAUAAGAGGGAAAGGGAUGCAGGCAGCUGCUGCAUCAUUUCCAUGGUGUCAACCUCCAUCAGCAUCCAGGAUCCACGUGACUCUCAGAGUCGACGGUCAUUCUGUUUCGAUUACGCCUACUGGUCCCACAGCGGAUUCACAAGAGACCAUGGCGGCCUUUAUGUGCCCGAGGAACCAGGGGGACGGUACGCUGACCAGGACAGGGUGUUUCAGGACCUGGGAGAGGGAAUACUGGACAAUGCACUGCAGGGUUACAACGCCACAUUGCUGGCGUACGGACAGACCGGAUCAGGGAAGAGCUACUCCAUGAUGGGCUAUGGGCCCAACAAAGGACUGGUUCCCAAACUCUGUGACCGGCUGUUCCAAGCAAUCAGAGACAACCAAGAAAACAUCCAGUGUCAGGUCUUUUUCAGUAUGUUGGAAAUCUAUAAUGAGCAGGUGGUUGAUCUGCUGUCUCGGGGGUCCCGAGCUCCAGGCGGGCUCCGGGUCAGAGAGGAGCAGCAGAGAGGCUUCUAUGUGGAGGGUCUCCGCACAAUCCCCUGUGAGAGUGCACCACAGGUGGAGCAGCUGAUGGAGCAGGGGACCAGGACUCGGACCACAGCUGCCACACACAUGAACGCCAACAGCAGCCGCUCACACAUGCUCAUCAUCCUCCAGCUCAAACAGAUCUUGUCUAAAGAGAGCAUCACAAAGCAGUCCAACAUUUACCUGGUGGACCUGGCUGGCAGCGAGCGCCAGCGCUCCUCAGGCUCAGAGGCGGACAGACUCAAAGAGGGCACAGCCAUCAACCUCAGCCUCACCACGCUGGGCAACGUCAUCAGCGCUCUGGCUGACAUGGCGGUGGGGAAGAAGGUGGUCCAUAUUCCUUACAGAGACUCGGUUCUCACCAAGCUGCUGCAGUCCGCUUUGGGAGGCAACAGCAGAACUGUCAUGAUUGCCACCCUGAGCCCUGCUGACAUCUGCUACGAGGAGUCUCUCUCCACCCUCCGCUAUGCUGAGAGGGCAAAACGCAUCCAGAACCGGGCCGUUGUGAACGAAAGCCCCACCGAGCGCCUCAUCAAAGAGCUGAAGGCUGAAAACGCCAGACUGCUGCAGCGUCUGAACCGGAUGGGGCCGGAGGGCCGGCGGGCCGGGGAUGAGAGCAAGGAGCUCCGUCAGCUGCUCACACACAACGAGCUCCAGAUCAGAGCCAUCCAGACUCUGUGGGAGCAACACCUGCAGGAGGCUCUGAAGGACUGGGAGCAGCAAUAUGCUAACAUCACACAGGAAAGGAGGAUGAUGCAGAUGCAUCCCUACAUCCUGAACAUUAACGAGGAUGCUCAGCUGUCAGGGGUGGUUAAGCUUUUCAUCCAGGAGGGCGAGUGGGACAUCGGGCUCUGCGACUCCUCCCCUAGAUCCAUCUGUAUCAGAGGCCUAGGGAUCCAGGAGCGUCAUGCUGUGUUCAGGAAUGAGCGGCGCCGGGUAACACUGACUCCACAGACAGGGUCAAAGGUCAUCAUCAACGGGAACGCCGUCUCACAAACUACCGAGCUGCAGCACCUGGAUCGUCUGAUUCUGGGCUCCAACAGCACCUACCUGUUCAUUGGCUAUCCAUCCGAAAGGGGCGGGGACGACUGGAGCCGCUACGAUUACGACUACUUCCAGUCGGAGCUGGCCGCUGCGGAGGGCAUCAGCCUGGGGGAGUCCAGCGCCGGGCAGUGUCACGCAGACCCCAGCCUGCUCGCAGUCUUCUACGAUUACAUCCAACUCAUGCCCAUGGUGGCAGAGGCCAACCAGAUGAGUCAGGAACUGGGCAAGGGGGUGGAGUUUAAGCUCGAAAUCAAGAAUCUGGCGCUGUCAGACUCUAAGGGCCACGACCUGCAGAAAGACACUGUUGUGAGGGUGACGUCUACGGGGAGCAGGCAGGUGUGGAUGUGGUCCAAGGCCAAGUUUGUCAAUCGCAAGUUUUUAAUGGAGGAAGUCUACCAGCGGUACCUGGCCAAGCAGAGCCAAGACAACAGAGAAGAGGGGGUGACGGCUGUUACUUUGCCCAGAGACAAAGACCCUUUCUGGGACCCAGUGGAGCCUCUGCUCCUUGGCACUGCUCACCUGUGGCUCCAGUCUCUGGCCUUCCGCAUCCCCCUGGAAGAGCAACUAGAGGUGCUGGGGUCAGAGGGGACAGAAGAGGCCAUUUUACAAGCACAGCUGGUUCCAUGCACCUCCACAGGACUCCCCCUGGGUGAGGACGAGAUCCUGAUCGACCCAUCCGAGGCCCUGGGCCGCAGGAUGGACUUCCAGCUGGUCCUGGAUCAGUGCUGUGGGGUUCGCUGGAUCAGGGAGGCUCGCAAUCGAGGCCUUCAGAUCGGUUUCAGGGUAUUUGACUGCAGCCAGCCCCUCUACACUCCCGCAGUGUGGCAUAAUGUCAACCCGCUGUUGGACCACAGGGUCCACUUUGCGUCCCUCCACACCUCCCAGUGUCUCCUGGACUACCUGCAGAGCAGCGCCGUGGUGCUGGAGCUGUGGGGCCUUCAAGAGGGCUGCACUAACCUUAGAGCUUCCCUGGAGGUGAUGAGGAUGACUGCAGAGGGUGUUUUCAUCAUCGAUGACUCACAUCCACCAGAAGCUGCUCCAGUGGACUCGGAGCUGGGCUGCUCAGUAAGAGCUCUUCAACAGGACUUAAAUGAACUAAAAAGUGUUAACGCUUCACUGAGGAAGGAAAACCACAGCCUGAGAGAACAGCUACACUCAGCCAAGAACGGCGCAGAGGGGGGGCGCGUUCGGUUAGCGCGUCACAGCAGCGAUGCAGAGUUUGCUCGUGCUCUGAAAGUCUUCUACCACAGCAUGACCUCAGUGAGGGGUCAGCUGCAGCGGCUGCGCAGACACCGGCCCAGUGAGGAGUCAGACCUGCUGGGACUCAGACUCUUUGUGGACGAGCAGAGUCUCCUGCUGAGAGACUUCUCAGAGCAGCUGGAACACAGCGUCUCCACACUUAAACAAGACGUAGCCGCCAUCGUCCGCCGCAAACGGGAACGAUCGGGAACCUGGUCUUGAUCCAGUGGUAAAAACACAGCAGUUAAGGUUUGUGAGCAGUCAAGACAAAGAGUACAGACAGUAGUAACGGUAGGUCCAAAAAAAGACUGAUGUGGGCUCACGUCC